AUGGAGCAGCCAGGCCUAUAUUUAAGAAGAUGUAAAGAGUUAUGGAUUCUUCAUUGAGAAAAGAAAAGAAUCAAGACAAUAGUUGAUUUUAUUGAAGCAUACUUGGACUCUUUGAGUAAAGAAAAACAAUCUGAAAGCAAAUCAAAGAAUGCAUCUACCUCUAAGAAUUUUUUCUUGAGAAGAAUUAAGAAACUUAUGAAGUAUUACUCUAAAGGAGUUAAAAUUUUGAAUCUCAAUGCCAGCCACUUUUGCUCUAAAGAUGGAAAGAAGGUUCUGAAAUUGAUUGAAGCCAUUAGACCAAGAGAGAUUAUGGAAUAUGAUCUUAUAUCUCCUCGUUAUAGUCGUGUACAUAUGUAUCAUAAGUAUUUACUAAAAGAUAUUAGAUUAAUGCCUUUCGUGGUAAACAGGCUGAAGAUUGAAGAAUGUAUUAUCCACAAUUUACAACUAGCAUACCAGAAUGGUGAUGUUCAAGGAAUGCAGUAUCAAUUCUGUGAACUUAAAGCUCCCUCAAAAUAUACCAUUUCAAACAAUUUUUCUAUACUUUAA